UGAAGAAGGGGAGUGGACGAAAAAAAUAGGCAGGUGACAGCAGACAACACCUACCAGAUUUAUAAAAACGGUUUCCGCCGAGCAAAUCUGCAGAGAGCAAUGCUCGCAAUCCCCUGCUCCCUCGCAGCGCAGAGUCAACGACGAAACCGCUGGACUGGAGGUCAAUGCAGAAUUCCACUGAGGAGGUCAGCAUGGAGGGUAGUCCUUUUGACUUAAGCUGGUCUUUGGAGUUGGCGAGCUGCAAUGAACCCUCCUCCAAUACCACAAUCAAAAUGAAUGAUACCCUACAGAUUAAUAAUACCAUGAUGUAUGGAGACAACCCACAAAUAGGAUAUCAUAGUCUAAAUUAUCUACCCUCCAAAGUGAGUCAAAAAAAUCCACGAGGGGAGCAGGACAGAUCUAUCGAAAAACCCAAAUCACCUGAACAAAAUGAGAUGCAGAUGAAAGUAGACUUUUUCCGAAAGCUGGGUUACUCACCGGAGGAAAUUCUUGCUGUUCUGCAGAACCAUGGAGUUAAUGCAGACACUAACACUGUGCUUGGUGAACUGGUGAAACACGGAGCAAACACAGAGAGAGAAACUGUGUCAGAUGAGUCUUUGGAUUCCUUGCUAGUUCCUCAAGGAGAUUUGGGAACCAGAACUACACAGUCAUCAACUUCUGUGGAAGAUAGCAGUGGAAAUAAUUUAAGACCAGUUGUCAUAGAUGGCAGCAAUGUGGCUAUGAGCCAUGGCAACAAAGAGGUAUUCUCAUGUCGAGGAAUUCUGCUGGCUGUCAACUUUUUCUUGGAAAGAGGACACACAGAUAUUACAGUCUUUGUACCUUCGUGGAGAAAGGAACAGCACAGACCUGAAGUGCCCAUCACAGAUCAGCAUAUUCUGACUGAGCUAGAAAAGAAGAAGAUCCUGGUUUUUACGCCAUCUCGUCGUGUAGGAGGAAAACGAUUGGUCUGCUAUGAUGAUAGGUUCAUUGUGAAACUGGCCUUCAAAUGUGAUGGUGUAAUUGUUUCAAAUGACACCUACAGAGACCUACAGAGUGAGAAAGUAGAAUGGAAGAAAUUCAUAGAGGAACGUCUGCUUAUGUACUCAUUUGUCAAUGACAUAUUUAUGCCUCCUGAUGAUCCAUUGGGUCGACAUGGACCGACCUUGGAUGACUUUCUGAGAAAAAAAACAUCUGGAUCAGACAACAAGAAAAUGCAGUGUCCUUACGGCAAAAAAUGCACCUAUGGGAUAAAGUGUAAGUUUUAUCAUCCAGAAAGAAUAAACCAGACUCAGCGUUCUGUGGCAGAUGAACUGCGUGAAAACGCAAGGCUCUCUCCUACUAAGGGAGCUGUAUAUGCUAUGGAAGACAAAAAAACAAGGAAACUUUCAGUUGCAGAGGUUCCCUCUACGGAGUCUGACAAGUCAUCUAUGCAGAAGCUGCCUAUUGAAAGAACCAGCUCUUUGCAAAAGGUUAGAGCAAUAGAUAAAACCCCAGUAAAACAAUAUUACAAUGGAACUCCUGAAUGGUACCCUUCUGGCACCUCCUUAGACUCUCUUUCCUAUAACUCUCUUGAUUCUGGCAUUGACAUAUGGACAAGUACAUCAAACAGCUACUGUGAUCCUUCUAAUGAGUCUUCUGGAUAUGAAAGUUUUUGCAACUGCACUCAACAAAGACAAUGUAGUCAGCACAGAAAUAAUUUGGACAAUGACGGUUGCAAACACUAUGCUUCCCAAAACUCUGUCACGCACAGUCAUAGUCCUGUACCUUACUUCCCAUAUAACCCUUCAUCGCCUUGGUCAUCCCAGAACACCACUCAUCAGAUCUAUAGAAGAGAACUUACCAAUUCAGCUCCUGCUUGCUACAACAGUCUUCCUAAUCAAUACAAGACUUCUUCUGGAUCAUCACUUAAAUACUGGUCUGAGCCAACCCCAACUAAUAGGCACCAGAAUAACUACCCUGUGUACGGGCCCAUUCCUACUUCUUCUAACGAUUUCCAGCAGUGGCCAAACUCUAAACCGUUCACAGCAGAACAAAUGAGAGUUCGCACCAAGCUCUGUGCUGUCUUCCAACCCUCAAUAGUAGAUGCAGUAAUGAGUAUGUUUCCGCAAAUACUGGAUCCAAAGAGGUUAGCAGCUGAAAUAUUUACUUACAAGUGCCAGAACGGGCUGUGAAAGGAACCAGAUAUUGGCUUGAUGGUGUGUGUUAAAUAGCUUUAUAGCCUUAAACAGUCAGUCCCCAUCACCACAAUCAUAUGCUAGUUUUCCACCAUCCGUAGUCCAAAACAAUUAAGUGCAAUCGCCAUUAUCGGUACCAAAGCAGAAAGAGAAGUGGAUAUGUGAGAAAAUACUAUUUUACUGAAAAGUUACUUGGUUUGUGGACUAAGCAAAAGGUUGGUGGAUUAUGUGAAUUUACAUACUACUGGUUGAUAUGAAUACAAUUUAAACAACAUUCUAUCAACUAUGUUUCAAUCAUAUCUGUAACUAAGUAUUCAAGAGCAUUUUUAAUAAAACAUAUAAUACAUAGAAGAUAUUGUAGGUUACUGAUGGACCCAGUUUUAUAUGUCCGUGCUCUCCUUUACAUCAAGUUAGGUUAGAGGAACAGGUGAUGUAAGAUUAAACCAAUUGUAAAUUUAGUCAUGUAAAAUGAGGAUUGCCUGUAAUCUAUUAACAUACAGAAUGUUUAUUUUGUUCAAAGCAACAACGUCCUAUCAUAUUAGCUACCGUGUUAAUUAACUGUUCUAUAUGCUCAUUCAUUUUUUUAAAAAGGGGCCGUGAACAUGUUUGGGUGUAUUGCAGAUUAAUUUUAGUGGAAUUCAGGAGUUUGUCUUUCACAGGUUAAGGAGUCCUUUUUAUUUUUUAACAUGAUGCUUCUCAUCUUAGUUAUACAAGUAAUUAAUGUAAUGAAGAAAAUGUAUAUAUUAAAUAUAAACAGAAAUAAUUGAUAGAAAAAAUCACUGUCAAUGGACAGUUGACAUGUUGAUACAUAUUGUAUCUGAAUAUAAGUCCUGCUGUUAAAUGCAGUCAUUGAGUGAAAGGAGCAACACACAGAAACAUUGAACAGAAAAUAAAA